AUGGAUAAAAAAGUCACAGAGUACACAGAUAGAUUAAACGAACUGAUGAAAAACCUCUUUAAAGAAAAGAGUGAAAUAAGAAAAAUGAAUGCUAUCAUAAGCAUUUAUAAUGAGGGUUCUACAGAAAUCAAGGAAGAGGAUGAAAAUGAGAAAUACCAAGAGUACUUAAAAGUUUAUAAUGAUGACAUAAGACCUAUUGUAGAUGACAUUAGAAAUAAGGCAUAUGACCAUUUGAAACGAUCGAGCUGUAUCCACCAGUGCAAUGCUUAUCUUCUGAAUUAUGCGCGUCUUCUUAACAAAUAUAUACGUAGCAUUGUAGAUACUACUGAUCAGUCCGUUCUUACGGUCGUUAAAAGUAUUAAUGAUUAUAAUUCUCUGGACAAACUAUUAGAGCAUGCACAAAAAGAGAAUAUAAACAUAGAAGAGGAUGUCUACCUUUUGAAGCUAUUAGGCCAAGAAAUAAAGGAGCUUAACUAUCUGUAUGUUAUUAACAGGUCGCUAAUUAAUCACGCUAAUAAAGUUUUACUGUACAUGAAGGAAAAUGGUAUAUUAUUUGAUACGAAGGAAGAUAAAAUACUAAAAAGUACAAAAGAGCUAAUUAACAACUAUUGUGUGUUCCAUCAUCUGAUGAUUUUGAAUAUUCCAAUUAAAAAGAUAUACGAAGAAAAAAUAAAAGAGUCUAAUGAUUUAUUUUCCACAAUUACGAAAAAGUUGAAAGAUGAAGGUGAUAAAUUAACCGAUUCUGUAUUUUCUGAAGAGGAAAGUAAUAAAAUUCUGAAGUCGUCCGAAGAAAUUGUUCAAUAUGCAGAAAGAAUACUUGGGGAAAAUAAAAAGAAACGAGACUUUUUUAAAAAGUAUCGUGAAAUAAUAACGAAGCGUCGUUUGGAAGCAUUGCAAUAUGACUUUAGUUAUCAGGAAGAAAUGAAGGAAGAAAUAUUAAACAGGGCUCAGUUAAUCUAUAGAAUAUAUAAUAAAGUGUUCCAUGUGAACAAAAAUAAUCAUUUAAAAAAAUUAAACGAAAUAGCCCAGUACACGGAUAGCAUAGUAAAGGGAAACUUACUGUUGGAAAAAAUAUCUGCAAUUAGUAAGGAGAAGAAUCUUGUAGAGCAAAAUAAGACAGCCUUGGAAAAUCCCCAUGAACGUCUGAUAUCUACUAAGGACGACUUCAUUGAAAUAGAAAUAGAGGUGGAAAACCCCUCUAUGGUGGAAGAAUUGAAGGAAAAGGAAGAGAAGCUUGCAAGAUACCCGGAAUAA